AAGAGGUGCCACUUGGCGGCCAUGGCAGCUGUAGUAUUGGCGACUGUGGGUCAAGGCCCGGCGGAGCGGAGCACCAUGGGCAGCGCCGGGUGGAGGGCAGCCGCAGCUUCGUGUCGGCCCUGCUGCUGAGUCCCCACGUCCCGCCCCUGGAGACCCGCAGGCCUGCUGGCCUCCGUCUAGGCUCCGGGCGGACUUUACUCGGUGGCACUGGUGGGCUGCUCGGUCCCUUCUCCGCGGGGCCACUCUCCGGAGCCGGGCAGCCGUGCCGGGAGGAGGCUUAGGUCUCCCUUGGGUUUUCCCUCCUUUUUUCUGCUGCUCCCAGGGAAGUCAGGGUGGUGGUGGGGAGUGGGCCGUCCUACCACCCACCUUCAUUCCGGCAGUCGAAGAACUCUUUAGCUCCGUCUCCCCAUCGCUGUUACCCCCACGAGGAGCUCAUUGACUGGCAUCUAAGAACUCCAGGGCUGGGAACGUGAAAUCCUGCAAAGUUUUCUCCGGUGCUAGUAUCAGGCAAGGAAACUGUUUCUAAGUACUUUGAAGAGCAAUCUGCUGUCCGGGGAAGCUGAAAGAACGCGGGGGAAGGGGGGAGGCCCCCUUGAUCUCUUGGAAAGCCAAGCACACACUUACCGACAUACCCUGAGGACCUUUCAUACAACCUUUGGAAGGCGCUGGAAUUUCGAAGGCUGGUGGUGGCGGGUGCAUGCAGAAGGGCAGAAUGGAUGAUUUCAUCUCCAUUAGUCUGCUGUCUCUGGCGAUGUUGGUGGGAUGUUACGUGGCUGGAAUCAUUCCCUUGGCUGUCAAUUUCUCAGAGGAGCGACUCAAGCUGGUGACUGUUUUGGGUGCUGGUCUUCUCUGUGGAACUGCAUUGGCAGUUAUUGUGCCUGAAGGAGUACACGCACUUUAUGAAGAUAUUCUAGAGGGAAAACACCACCAGCCCAGUGACACACAGAAUGAGAUUGCAUCAGACAAAGCAAAAAUAUCAGCUGUCCAUGAGCACGACCACAGCCACGACCACAGCCACGACCACACGCAGCUGCAUGCCUACAUCGGUGUGUCCCUUGUACUGGGCUUCGUUUUCAUGUUGCUAGUGGACCAGAUUGGCAGCUCCCAUGUGCAUUCCACUGAUGAUCCAGAAACAGCAAGACCUACCAGCUCCAAAAUCACCACCACGCUGGGUCUGGUUGUCCACGCUGCAGCGGAUGGUGUGGCCUUGGGAGCAGCCGCUUCAACUUCACAGACUAGUGUCCAGUUAAUUGUGUUUGUGGCUAUAAUGCUGCAUAAGGCUCCAGCAGCAUUUGGGCUGGUGUCCUUCCUGAUGCAUGCUGGCCUGGAGCGGAAUCGAAUCAGAAAGCACUUGCUGGUAUUUGCACUGGCAGCACCAGUUAUGUCCAUGGUGACAUACUUGGGACUAAGUAAGAGCAGUAAAGAAGCUCUUUCAGAGGUCAAUGCCACUGGAGUGGCCAUGCUUUUUUCUGCUGGGACAUUUCUUUAUGUUGCCACAGUCCAUGUCCUCCCUGAGGUGGGUGGAAUGGGACACAGCCACAAACCAGACACCACCGGAGGGAGAGGCCUCAGCCGCCUGGAGGUGACAGCCCUGGUUCUGGGUUGCCUCAUCCCACUCAUCCUGUCAAUAGGACACCAGCAUUAAGUGUUCAGACUCCAGCCUCAGUCCAUGGCCGUUUGCCAUCCAAGGAGAACAGCCCAUGUGUGACUGCUCCUCACUUCCUCAGUGUCUUUGUCUCGCCUUGCCCAUCUCCACCUGUGUUCGUAGAAUCCAGAGGGAGGUGAGAGUCAAUUCUGGGGAAAUGAAAAAGCAUGUAUCAGGAACAUUGUGGUUAGGCAUCGACUUGUGUUGUCUUUUAAAGGGCCUUUGGCAUAUUGAGUGUUGAUGUUUCUCUUAACCCUAUUCUCAGGGAAGAUGGAAUUUAGUUUUAAAGAAAAGUGAAGAACUUCAUGCAGUGGAAUAGUAAUUAUGAAAACGCAGUAUUCUAUAAUUAAGCUCAAUGUUUUCUCCUUAGCUUAGAGGCUCUGCCACUUCACCUGUUCAUUCUUAACAUGGUUCUCACUGUGGGAGAUUGCUUUAGCAUCUGCCACAUGCCUUGAUAGAAGGUGGCAUCGCCUACACUCUUAGAUGCUAAAGGUAAUGGCAGUUAGUUUGGGAUUAGAGUAAGGAAAUUAAGGCAGGAGACACAGUAAAAGCUGACCUUUUACUCGAAAGAGAUCUCCAUUGAAAGGGAUGUCAAGUCCUAAACACAUCCAUUGCUGCCUGCCAUUCCAUCCAGUGGAGCAGUGAAGGGGGACCAGCUUCUGAAGAGUGACUGGUGUUUCACAACCUUUCUGCCCCCAGCGCAUUCUUAAAGAGGAGCCAAAUGCCAGGAGGUUUGGCCCUAGGCUUUCCUUCAAGAGCAACAGUCUGAUCACAAAGUAUCUUUAGAAAUUAAGGAACACUAAAUUUAAAAUGAAUUUGGAGUUGCUGACAUCUUUGUAAUGACUUUUUUUAUUUUUUUAAGUAAGACUGUCAAAAUGUGUGUGGUCCUUCUUUUUUUCUAAGUACUUCUUUUAGCAGAGCCGUUGGCUAAGUCUUUGUCCAGCGUGUUGAGCUUUUCCUCUGUUCACAUAGCACCUGUAGCAUACAGAAAGUCUAGCUGUAUCAAAAGAGGGAAGUGUCUGCCUACUAGCUUAAAGCUUAUUGAAAUCAUGUCUCUUUGUCUUGGUCUUUCCCAUGCUUUUCUCCUUAACUUUUCCCUCCAGGCCCUUCUCCCCACAAUUUGCUGCUAACUGCUGGUGACGAUGUCAGUACUUGUGUGAGGUGAAUUCUCAUCAGGACAACCACUUCUUGAGCUGUGAUAAGAAGAUAAUAUUGGUCUCUAGUCUUCAUUCCCUUCAGAUAAGUCACCUUUGUGUCAAAUACAGCUUAGUUAAGCCCUCAAAAUAUCAUCUCCUCACAUGUGAAUUGACACAGUCACUAAAAGCCUGAUGACUUACACAACUGAGGCAGCAAGGGGUCAUUUUUCCACAUUUGCCAAAAUAUGCAAAAUCCUGUUUUGUCAAUAAGUGUAUAAUACUGUAUUAAUUUAUUUUGAUUUUUCUGUACCACUUCACACCACAUAACAAUGAAGAGAGAGCCAACAUUAGUUUCUUCAGAGCACUGGGUUUAGUCAUUUGUAAAGUGUUUUCUAUAAUACAUAAGCCAGCAUGCCUGUGAUUUCUUUAUUUCUCCUAGAUUUGUCACUGUGUCAGCAGCUGUGGAAUUGUAUUUGAGUCCUCUGCUGGCUACAGUGAAGAUAGCAGCAGAAAUAGGACGUAGUUUUGUACCGAAGCUGGCAACCAUUGCAUCCAAUGUUAAACCCGGACAUGCAGUGUGGGAAGUCUGAAUGACUCCUGAUUAGGCAGUAACAGCCGACUCAGGAGAGGCUGGUCUCAUCUGAUCCUUCAAAGUACGGUUGCCUUGAUUCUUUCUAGAAAUUUACUGUGUCAAGUACAUAGCAGGUUUUUGUGUCUGGUUUGGUUCAAGUAGAAGUGAUUUCUAUCUUAUUAUGUGCAGUGGUCAGAAAUUUGUUCUGCUGGCCAAAGCCUCUUUCAGCAGUGCCUUGCCAUUCGUGCUUAAACAUGUGGCUAGAAUAAUUUGCUGGACAGGGCCUUGAACUCUGGCAAGGACUGAACCAUUGAACUUAUAAAUUUGCCUUCCCUUCUGGACCUCAAUAUUAAUAAGCUCUCCGAAGCUGGGGGCUUUCCCAGAUCCUAAAGCUGCUGCCUUGGAACUGCUCAUUUCUCCCCCGGGCAGUAGGCAGAAAUAGCCAUAAAAUCUUAAUAGGGCUUAAACACAUCUUCAGGCAGCAGGAAACCACACAGCAUGGCAGGGGCCUCUUUCAAGGGAGGCGGCAGAUCUUGUUCACAUGGUGGCCAGUGUCCCCAGAGAGGCCAUCUCAACCUUCACCUCAUAGUAGAUUUCAGUUCCAUUUUCCUCCUGCUUAAAUCUGCUCCUUGGAUGUGUAUGCCUUAAUGUUCUGAUACAUUUGAGAACACUGGCGCUAACGUAAGCUGCUGCCGUGACUACAAGUGGAAUUAUUGGCUACCAAAGAGAAGCAAUUGAUGAAAAGCAUGGGCAGUCCUUCCUCACAACCAAAGCAAUCUUGAUGACAAUUUGAGUCCAUUUCCUUGGUAGGCAUAGGUGUCCUUCGGAUUCCAAGCGCUCUCUUACAUGGCAGAUUAAGUUGAAAAAAUGUUACUGAUAAUUCCCUCACUUGUUCUCCAGCUCCUGCUUAUCCGUCCCCACAUCACCAAAGAGCAGUGGUCCAGGUGAAUGUCUGUUCUACCGGGCGUGCUGCUGGCAGAUUGCUUUGUAGGCAGAGGUUCUGCACUGGAAUUGAGAGCUAGAAACAGUACUACCUACAGAGGCCGUGUGUCCUGUCCCUCCCCCAUUUCACUUUCUCAUGUCCUGUUCAAAACAGCGGAGUCAACCUAUUCUGCUAUUUUGGAUCAUUAGAGAAAAGAAAGGGAGUAGCUGUUCUGAGGUGCCAUUGCUUGUACAAAGAAGAAAAUGCUAUUUUUUUUUUUUUUUUUAACCAGUCUAUGUCUGAAUGUCACUGCCCAGUUUUUUCUCUUUUUCAAUGGUUAGAACUAGGAGGACACACCAACAUCAGAGUGUGUUAAGCCCUGACACACAUGGUAGCUAGCUAGGUCCUGAAGUUGGGAACUGUAUGUCAACAGCACAAGCCCUGAAGAAUGCUCCUGACUCUUGGGCCUGUGUCCCUUAAGAGACUGAGAAGAAUGACCACAUUUAUCCCAAAUGCUACAGUGCAAGGGAGAUAGCUUUGGCAGUUGUCCUAUAGGGGAUUUCUCCUUGCAACAGAAAAUUUCUGCUCAGUACAGAACGGUCCCUCAGGAGCACUGGAGAAGAUGCUACGCAAAUGAACCAAGGGUGCAACCUUUUUUUUUUCUUUUUGCCUGAGACAUCUCGAUGCACUUCACAAGACUUGAAGGAGAUGUGUCACUAGUGAGGAAGGACUUAUUUAGAUAAGUUCAGUCUAAUGAGUGACUGGCUUUGCUCUUUGUCUGGAAGCUGGGAUUUUUCUGCAAGCUGGGUUUCUCAUGGCGUGAUAAGACUACAGUUCCCCUGGUUUGGUGGCCUCAGUGGUUAUUUUAAAUGUUCCUUUUUCUGGAUCCUUUGUACACAUGAAAUCAUUCCAUGGAUGGCUGCCUUAUAAUUUUGUCUCUUUCCACCUUAAUUGUGAAUGGUUUAAAAAUUGCUGUUUUCUGAUUUAUGAUAUUAAAUUUUUAUUAGUGCAUACUA